AUGAACGUCUCUUCGCCGACGGCUGCGCACUCAAUACCACCUCCGAAGGGGACAUACAGAGACAUGGGUCUCUUCGCCGCCGCUUGCGAGAACUUCGGACUGGUCAUCAACACAGAGAAGAUGGUGUUCAUGCAUCAAACGCUACCCGACGCUGCAGACGUUGCACCCCAAAUAAACGUGAACGGCGUCCAGCUACAAGUGGUGUACAACUUCAUGUAUCUGGGCAGCACCCUCACCCGCACCAUCAAAAUCGACAACGAAAUGGCCCGCCGGAAUUCCGAGGCCAGUCACGCCUUCGGGCGUCCUCAAAACACAGUUUGGAAUCCUCACAGUCUUCAAUCCAGCACGAAACCAAAGAUGUACAAAGCUGUCAUUCUACCUACGUUGCUGUAUGGAGCAGAAACCUAG